AUGGAUGAGCCCCAGAAGAAGCUCAGCCAGCGGCAGGAGGGACGGCCCCGCAAGGUGAGGUUCCGAAUCUCCUCGGCUGGCAGCGGGCGGGUGCUGAAGCAGGUCUACGAAGACGGGCAGGAGCUGGAGCCCCCGGCCAAGGAGCACUCGCGGCGCUUCCUGCGCCACAGCCUGGAGCCGGGGGAGCCCCUGGAGCCGGGGCAGCUGCUGGAGAACACGUUCCGCUGGCCCACGGCCCUGACCGCCCGCAGGAUCAGCGUCCUGCGCCAGGACCCCGCACACGGGCUGGCGGGCACCGCAGCCCUGCCCGGCGACUGCCAGCCCGGCGCCAGCCCCUGCAGGACUUCCCCAGUUGUAGAUUUUGGCAAGAUCAUAAUCUACACCAAUAACCUGAAAAUCAUCCGUGCACCGAUGGGCCAGAAAGAGCUCAUGAGAAGAAUCAUCCAGACUGAAGGAACAAAUGACUGGACGUUCGUGUACCGGGAGAAGAAAGAGCUAUUUAGUGGUGGUCAUAAAAAAGAUGUGGAGAAUAAGGUCACUUGCAACCAGCAUGUGCAGGAGGGCGAUGCUGGAGGCGGCUGCUCACAGUGCAGAGGCUCGGGCUGCGCUCCCUGCUCGCUGUGCCACGGAAGCAAGUUCUCCAUGCUGGCAAACCGAUUCCGGGAGUCCUACCGGGCGCUGCGGUGCCCGGCGUGCGACCAGAGCGGGCAGCAGCCGUGCCGGGUGUGCGCUGCCUGA